AUGCAUUAUGCAAAACAUCCUUCGAGGACCGGCAGUCUGGACGACUCCGCCCACGAGGGCCCCGACAGACCGGCUCGAGUCAAGGCGUCCGACCUAGGGUUCGAUGUGCCCGAGCAAGUCCUGUCUGAUAUCAUCCCGAUCUCAGAUCCCAAACUAGUCUACGCCAACAUCCAUGCGCAGCGCGACCGCCGCCUUCGCCUUCUGAUCCGUCGUUACACAAAUCAAAUCCAGUACGGCUGCAUGAAUAUCAACUGCACGACGCCGACAUGCCUGAGUUACAGAAAGAGAAAUAGUACUGGACCGUUGAGGAGAUACACGGAACUCAGCGCUAGAACACUGGCUUGUCAGCUGGUUGAAGAAUACACACGAGGUGGCAAGGACUCAAUUGCCGGGCUUUGCCAGAACCCGCCGGUCGUCCCCUGGUAUGAGGAUCCCGACGUCACCAAGAGGAGGAGAAACAGCCUCGAGAAAUCGACACAUCAACGUCGGGAGAAUGGCUCUGUAUUGAAGGGGCCCUCCCCGGCACAGCGCAUCAAGGAACCUCCGAAGGGUGCCGCAGUUCUCGAGCAUCCGCCGCAAAGGCCUUGUCAAGACGGCGUCGUCCAGGCUGGUCGACGUCUACGAACGCUUGAUAUCUCGAAGAACGACGAGGAAAUCACCGAAGAAGUUACCGACGUACUAAACUCCAUCCCGUGCAACCGAUCUAGCGGAAUAUCGCUUGAACAAGAGACAGACAUUCAUGCCAAUGGGGACCUCCUCGUACAGCCCUCAGCCGAGGCCAAGCCAAAAGAUAUUGCCUCGUUCACACAGACUUUAUUCGAUCUGCUUCCGUUGCGCCUUCUAAGUUGGUUGCCAGGCAAAGACGGCGCUGAACCUAUCAAGCCUACAGAAUCCACAGAGCAUCCAUCGCAGCAUCAACAGCAUGAACCUGGUGCCGCUCACUCAGACGCUUCGAGUCCCACAGAAGAUGCACCUGGUAUGUCUGGCCAAGAUACGGAUGGUCAGGAAAUCAAAUCAACCAGGAAUGAUUGUGAUGGCCAAACAUACACCCUCCGAACCCUCACCUGGACCAGUGUUCCAUGGCUCCGAUCGGCCAACCCAAACAGCGACCCUGAGGUCUACCACAACAAGUUUCUUCCGUUUCUGAAGCAGAGUUUCGCAUAUUGCUUUAGCGAUCCUGAACGACUCGUUCAGACAAUCAAGGAUCUUCAAGACAGCUUCGAUGCGUCGACAACAUCAAAUUUGCCCGGAAUCAGAGUUUCCAGGCCUACCCACGCUCCCGCAACAGUUCAUUCGCAGCUGACGAAGCAACGUGAUCUUGCGCUCGAUUCUCCUUCGGGCCCCUGGCCAAGGAUUAGAACCGAUACCCAGAUUGAUAUGAGCGCGCUCGUUUUCAGCAUAGCCUUCAUUGAUAAUUUCAAGCAGCGCGAGCUUGUUCUCGACAGCAUAUUUACUGCUCUCCAGCACUCAUACCGCCUACCAGCAUGGUUACAACGUCGACAGAAACGGAAGAAGAGUCGUUCGACAAGUGGAAGUGCAGAACAAACAUCAGCAGACGGGCGCGAGCUUCCCGGUACUGACGGUAUGCAUGAUCAUGUCCAGGAUGAGUCGGUCAUGCCUGGGGAGCGGCAAGGGAAUGAGAAGCGACUUGUGCCGUUGAGCGAUGAUCAAGCCGCAGAAGUGUGUCUAGUCGCUCUGGUGUCGAUCGCUUCUUUGGUUUUUGAAAGUCGUAGUUCUCAGACCUUUAGCGGGAAAGCAGCAUUUGCUGGGUUUACGGCGUUGCGCAACAGUGGUCUUGCCCACUCCCGUUGGCCCAAAAUCCCUCAAGAAGUGGUCCGAGAUCAUGCCUUCCAUCUCAUGGGCCUGAUAAUCGAGGCCAUUGACGUCUGUGAAGACUGGUCUGUUCUGCGCGUCCUCGCUGCCACAAUGGACGUCAUUAGCCACCGUCUCAUAGUGGCCAAGUGGGCCGCGACUACGAGACACUCAGGCUCAGACAAGACGAAAAGGAAGAAAAGCAUUGUCGAGUUGCUGAUAAGCCGAUUCGACCGCAGAAAUCUAAAUGGAUGGGUCCGCUUCGACGAGAGGGCAAGCUGGAUAGGAACGGCUGUGAUCGAGCUCGCCAGAACGGUGAUGCUCAAGAAUUGGGAUCGUCACCCAGUGAUCCAGCGGGCAGGUGCUGUUGGCGGCGCGCUGGAGCUGUUGGCUGGUCUUUAUCGUGCAAGGAAGGAUCUCAACCUGGAACUGGCCUCCUUCUACAUGCCUUUCAUUGCCGACACGUUCGACGAGAUGACCAUGCCUGUUGAAUGGUUAUCGUUUCGUGCGGACACAAGGCAGAUGCACCUACUCUCGUUCUCGUUCCUCUUCGAACCCCCUACGCUGGUCCGAUACUUUCGGGCAAUCAACAUUGAGAUAAUGCGCAAGUCCCACGAGAACGCUACGAUUGUGUAUAACGACACGAGGCAUUACAUGUGGGCUCCUGCGAUCCCAGUCUACGGGGCGAGAGAAGUACUCGCCAGCCUCCGACCUCAUAUGGCAAAGUACUUUGUGCUGACCAUCCGAAGAGACGAUAUUCUGAAUGAUGCCAUCAACCAGAUAUGGCGACGGCAACGACGAGAAUUGAUGCGUCCUCUGCGUGUCAGGCUCGGCAAAGAUGAAGGUGAGGAGGGCCUCGAUCACGGUGGAGUGCAGCAAGAGUUCUUCCGAGUCGUGUUCGCGGAGGCCUUCAGACCCGACUAUGGCAUGUUCGUGGUGGAUAGCUCGACAAGAAUGACCUGGUUUCAACCAGGAUCCUUCGAGCCACUCUACAGAUUCGAAGCUAUGGGUAUAUUGAUGUCCAUUGCUGUCUACAAUGGCAUCACUGUACCUGUCACCUUCCCGCUCGCCUUCUACCGCAAGCUCUUGGGGCUCAAAGUGAAAACCCUCGACCACAUAUCUGACGGUUGGCCCGAUCUGACUAGAGGUCUGAGAGCUCUGCUAGAGUGGGAUGAUGGAGACGUUGGCGACGUGAUUGCACGCACUUACGAAUUCAGCUACGACCUCUGUGGAAGCGCCGUCACCGUCGACAUGCAGAAGUUCGGCCGCGACGAUCCCUGGCCACCGGCGAGGGCGGGCAGUAGCAAGAAAAGCAGCGGCAAAACAAAAUCAACAUCGUUCGAGCUCCCUAUCGAACCGUCACUAACUCCGCCGGCCCAACCUUGCUCGCCAGACUUAAAACCUACCAUAGUGCCGGCGCUCAGCCGAACGCCGUCGGUGGAUAUCAAAGGCAUCUCAACACCCUUGAGCAUCGAUAGUGACCUGCUCGAGGAGGCUGCGCUCGUCACCAACGCGAACCGCGAGCAAUACGUCAAAGACUACGUGCUUUGGCUGACGCACAAGUCGAUCGAGCCUCAGUACGAGGCCUUUGCCAAGGGCUUCUACACCUGUCUCGAUCGCACGGCGUUGUCCGUUUUCACGCCCGAGGCCCUCAAGUUGGUGGUUGAAGGAUACCCGCAGAUCAACAUCGACGAGCUCGAGCGGACGGCCACGUACGAUGACUACGACCGGGAGUCGCCGACCAUUGUGGACUUCUGGCACGUGGUGCGCAGCUUCAGCCCCGAGCAGCACAAGCAGCUGCUCGAAUUCGUCACCGCCAGCGACCGCGUGCCUGUCAAUGGCCUGAGCAGCAUCCAGUUCAUCGUGCAGAAGAACGGCGACGACGAUUCUCGGCUGCCUAGUAGUAGCACCUGUUACGGACGGUUGCUGUUGCCCCAGUAUUCCAGCCGCCACGUCCUCGAGGAGAAGUUGGCCAAGGCGAUUGAGAACUGUGUCGGGUUUGGCACGUUGUAG